CUACCACGAAGUGCAAUUCCGAAAUUUCGGAUCGAUAUUUCGUGUGAUUCGUACCAUGAAAAACGUUCAUUCCGAAAUCGUGCCCGAAAACGGAGAAUAUCGUUUCGAUCGUCCCAAAUCGUACCAUGAAGUGUCCGUUCGUACGUUAUUAUGACGUUUUGACAGCACGUUUAUCGUGAUUUAAAGUGCGAAGUAGACGAAACCUAAAUAGUUAACUUUUUACUUUCAUUGGCUGGAAUUUUAGAAGCCCUCAAUGAAGAAGAAAUUGAAAGACGCAGGUUUAAAAGAAAAAUGCGUACUAGGUACCUGCAAAGAUCCAUUCCCGACUUCGAGUUUGUAUCUAAAUACAGACUCAGUCGGGAACUCUUCGAGAAUCUUUGUCAGGAUGUGGUACGAUUAUUACCCCCGACUAAAAAUAGUCGGGCAAUCGAUCCAAUAACCAAAAUUCUCACUGCAUUAAAUUUUUAUGCCAGUGGUAGCUACCAGGGUGCAGUCGGACAAAAUUUAGACACCCCUAUGGCGCAGCAGUCUGUCUCAAACUGCAUCAGGGAUGUAACAGAUGCCCUAAAUACACCCUAUGUACUGAGGAAAUAUAUAAGAUUUCCUCAGUCCAGGGAAGACAGGAAUGUAUUGAAGAGAAAUUUUGCUACACAGUAUGGUAUCCCUGGUGUUAUAGGAUGUAUCGACUGCACCCAUGUAGCUAUAAUUCGGCCAACAGUCAAUGAAGAGAGAUUUUUCAAUAGAAAACAUUACCACUCUUUAAAUGUUCAAGUUAUUGCUGAUAGUAAUUUAAAAAUUAUGAAUAUUGACGCCUCUUAUGGUGGUGCCACUCAUGAUGCAUUCAUUUGGGAGCAUAGCGAGAUCAAAGAUCAUUUGGAGAGUCUUCAAGGAGAAACAACUUAUUUGCUGGGUGAUUCAGGGUAUCCUUUAAGGGUAUACCUUAUGACACCCUAUGAAAACGCUGUUGAGGACUCUCCUGAGGACAGAUACAAUUCCCGUCAUAUGCGCACCCGCAAUACAGUAGAACGCGUCUUCGGAGUAUUAAAAAGUCGUUGGAGAUGCCUUCUUGCAGCUAGAGAACUGCACUAUGCUCCAAGGGCAGCGGGAAGGAUCAGUAUUGCUUGUGCUGUUUUACACAAUAUGUGUAUAGACCAAAAUUUGACGACUCCAGACUUGUCAUCUGAAGAUAUAAACUAUGAGUCAGCCCGGCAACCUUCAGCUACAGUGUGGCAUCAGUCAUCAACUGCUGCACUUGAUCGAGGGAGAGCAACAAGAAAUAGUUUAAUACAGCGGCUUGAGCAAUCUAGAUAGAAACAUUUAAAUAUUAGGUAUAUAAAGAUUAGAAGAGAGCCAUACAUUCUAUUUGUGGUAUGGGUUCGAGAGUCAUUACGUCAAUGCUUUAAAGAAUCAAAUAUCACUGUUGCCUCACAGUACAUUCAGGAAUAUAUUAUGUAUACAAGGAAAAACUUCAAGAAACUUAAAGACUGUACAAGUAGAAACUUAUGCAAUAAAAAUAUACUAAUUUUACCUAAAUACCGUCAAAAUUGAUAUUAAACAAAUGUUAUGUAAAAAAGCCUAUUAUAGGAUAGAUGAAUUCAUAGAUGACAAAUAAAUGAUUUUCUAUUCUAUUAGAAG